AUGGCUGACACUUCGGAUUACAAUAAUCAAACCACUUCGGAUCACAUUCUUUUCACCGUUGAAGACCAUCAUGUAGCCGGUUUGCUGCUGAUUAUGACAGCUUUUUUCGGAGCUUGUGCCAACUAUAUUGUUGUCUUUCUCACGGAUAAGAUCUCAUCCUUGCAAAAUGCCUUUGGUCGGCUGACUCGUAAUCAAGCAAUUGGAGAAGCGAUUCUGCUAACGAUUUUCGCUCUUUAUUUUGGUCCGAUGAUCCUUUUCGACAUUGACUUUUUCAAAUCGGACUCUGUGGCUCGUGUCUUUGGCCAUAUAAAUCUUGUCUGUUAUGACAUUUGCAUUUACAGUCAUUUGAUCAUUUCGAUGAACCGUUUCACUGCCAUCUAUUUCCCUUUUCAUUACAAUGAGAUCUUUUCAAAACGCUACGUGCUAGCAAUGAUCUUUGGCAUCUAUUUUACCGCCAUAGCUCCAUCACUUUACAUGUAUAUCUAUGAGGAUUGCCAUCUCAUUUAUCAAGAGCCGUUCUGGAAGUUCAAUUUCAUCUCAACGCCUGCUUGUAUCACAAUCAUGUACUAUUGGGAUUUCUGGAGAUACGUUUUCACGGUUAGCCUCAUUGCUCUACUCGACGUUUUAACGUUUGCCAAAGCCAGGAUUAGCAGUGUGAAGGUAAACAUCACUGAUGCAGUGGCUCGCAAACGACGGCAUGACGAGAUUAAGUUUGUCAAGCAGGUGUGCCUACAAGGAGUGGUUUUCGUUUGUGAACUGCUCACUUAUUUCAUCCUUCCUCGUUUCUUUCAAAGCAGAUGGGUGAUCUUCUUGCUGACCACAUUUGCUUGGGCGCUCGUUCAUGCAUGUGAUGGCUAUAUCACUCUUUUCUUCAACAAAGAGUUCUUCCGACUACUGAAAGCGAUUUUGUCAUCGAAGAGUCAAUAUUCUGCUAGCAUUCUUGAUCAAAUGAAACCGACAUCCACCUUGCAGAGCUAUACCAGUGCAAACACUGAGCAUCACAGUGCACACUUGGAAGGCAACAAGCAA